AUUCAGUUCAAAUGUUCCAAAAAAUCGGAGAUUUUCAAUUUGUUAAACUCGAGGACGAUCUGAUAGAAUUAAAGCCUGCAAUAAAGCUGUGACAUUUUUUUUUAUAUUUUUUGGAAUUAUGAGAGGCUGACAUUCUCUUUUUUGUUUUUUCUACCUUUUGUUCAUUAGAAAAGAUUCAUUCAAGGCACCGGGGAAGGGCAUCGGACAACAAGAAAGCGAUUCCUUACAUUCAUAAGAAGCAACAAAUUAUUCAUCAGCUUCAAUAGAAAAAUAUACAUCAGUUAUGGACAGCUUUCAGAUCUUCACUACAUCCACCAGCUUGGUAGACAGUGUUGACAAGAAAUUGCUAGUCGUGUUAAGAGAUGGACGAAAGUUGAUAGGCAUCCUGCGUUCCUUUGACCAGUUUGCAAAUCUAGUUCUCCAAGAUACCAUUGAGAGGAUAUAUAUAGGCGAUACAUACGGUGAUAUUCCACGUGGGAUCUUCAUCAUAAGAGGAGAAAAUGUGGUCCUGUUAGGUGAAAUAGACGAAGACAAGGAGGAUGAACUACCAUUGCGCGAAGUACCAGUGGAAGAAGUGCUUCAGGUUCAGCGUGAGGAAAUGGAGGCUAAAGUUAAACGAGAAAAGACAAAGCAUAGAAUGCUUAGCGAGCAAGGAUUUUCGGUGGAUACAGCAGAAUUUGGAGAGCUCUAUUAGAAACCCUAGCAUUUUUUUUUUUUUUUUU